AUGUCCUGGCAGCUCUCUGCAGUGGUGGUGCUCUUCGUGUCCCUGGCCGUGAUUUUGCAUUAUGGCAGUCAUAUGAGAGCAAAAGCAUUUCCGGAAAUCACAGGCUAUUCUCCACCUGCAACAGUACAGGCCACAGCAAAACCUUCUCUCCUGCAGCCAACGAACCGUGUGCCUCAGAAAACUUUAGCAGCAAGGUCAACAGAUGGGCAUGUCACCCUAACCACACACACAACCAUAAAAAUUCUAGCAACAACUUCCCUGGUAACUGCAGACAGCACACCCUCCACCAGCCCGACAGCCCACACCCUAGUCACAGCCCUGGCCACACCCAACAAGUCACACACGGCUGCUCCAGUCACUGAGGCUACAAUCAGCCCCAGCACAGGUCCCAGUCCACCACCAUCCACCGUCACCCCGCCAGCCCACAGAACUGGAGCCAGGCUGUCGACUUUCGGCCACACAACUGAGAAAGCCACCCAACCCAGUAACCAGACCACCCUUCCAGCAACAUUGUCCACCACACCACACAACAGCACAACCAGUCAGAAGCCUACUCAACUCACCCACACCCCAGGGCCCACCAGCACAACCCACAGAGCCUCGCCUGCCACCAUAGCUCCCAGGCCCACCCUCGCACCCCAGCCAUCAUCAGCCAAGACUGGAAUUUAUCAAGUUCUGAACGGAAGCAAGCUCUGUAUCAAAGCAGAGAUGGGGAUAGAGCUGACGGUUCAAGACACGGAGUCGGUUUUUUCACCUCAGAAAUACUUCAACAUCGACCCCAAUGCAACCCAAUCCUCUGGGAACUGUGGCUUCCGAAAAUCCAACCUUCUCUUGAAUUUCCAGGGCGGAUUUGUGAAUCUGACAUUUACCAAGGAUGAAAACUCGUAUUAUAUCAGUGAGGUGGAAGCCUAUUUGACCGUCUCAAAUCCAGAGAAAGUUUACCAAGGAAUGAAAAGUGCAAUGAUGAUGUUUGAGACUGUGGCCGGGCAUUCCUUCAAGUGUGUGAGUGAACAGAGCAUCCAGCUCUCACCCCACCUUCAGCUGAAAACAAUGAAUAUCCAACUUCAAGCCUUUGAUUUUGAAGGCAACCACUUUGGAAAUGUGGACGAAUGUUCAUCUGACUACACAAUUGUGCUUCCUGUGAUUGGGGCCAUCGUGCUUGGUCUCUUCGCAGUGGGUUUGAUUGUCUAUGGAAUCCGCUUAAGGCGUGAAUCUUCUGGAUACCAGAGAAUCUAA